AUGUCAGGAACGGAGCAUGACCAGUCAACGGACAUCUUCUCUGCGGAUGGUCGAGUCUUUCAGGUGGAAUACGCAUGCAAGGCUGUUGACAAUGGCAGUACGGCCGUUGCUGCGUGUUGCACCGACGGUGUGGUGGUAGCGGUAGAAAAGAUUCUUACCAGCCGCAUGCUGGAGGAGAGGUCGAAUGAUCGCAUCCACGCUGUAGAUCGCCAGGCUGGUGUCUGCAUUUGCGGCAUGCUUCCUGAUGGUCGCGCCGUUGUCUCACGGGCUCGUGCUGAGGCGGAAAACAGUCGUGAUGUAUUCGCUACUCCCAUUCCCGGCUCUGUGCUUGCAUCCCGUAUUGGUGAAUUUAUGCAUGUUUACACCACCCACUACGCCUACCGCCCCUUUGGCUGCUCUGUUAUAAUUGCUUCCUACGCCGAUGACGGUCCACAGCUUUUCGUCUCUGACCCGAGCGGAACAGUGGCCGGUUACUACGGCAUAGCACUGGGGAAGGGGAAAACAGUGGCCAAGACAGAGUUAGAGAAACUGAAUUUUAAAUCACUUACCUGCGACGAGGCGGUGGUGAAGCUCACGAAAAUCCUCCACGAUGUGCACGAUAAAUCAAAGGACAAAUUGUACGAGUUGGAGGUGGCAUGGGUGUGCAACAAGUCAAAUUGUGUGUUUCAGCAUGUGCCGAAUGACAUGAUCCCGAAACCUCCCGCGCCGCAGUAG